GUGGCAAACAACCUAAAGCAUUCACAAAAAGGCAGCGUAUUUUGAGUUGCUGGUGAUAGAUAUCAGCUGACGUGUAUGGGGUCCACUUUUUUAAUUAAAUUUUAUUGUUUUAAGACAAGAAACCAAACUAAAUUGUAAACAGAGAAGACUUUGGUUGAAACCUAUAUAAAGCGCUCUUGCUUAGCUAUUCAUAUAUUCAAACUACAUCAUAUUCAAUUUCGAUUUUCUUUUUUUUUUUGUUAUUUUAACAAUGGCGAUGAGGAAGCUUUUGUCUCAUCGUUCGUUCAACGUUUCGAAAAUGGCGUCUCAAGGUCUCAUGAACUGUCGAAUCUCGUCUUCUUCGUUAGCCGUGCGAACCAGGGUUCCUAUAGAACCAGGAGAAGCCACCGUUGAUCCGGAGCCUGGUGAGUCGUGGUUGGAUGCGACCAUGAAGAUGCCGUUCGGGGAGACUCUGAGGGAGAAGCUUCGAGAAAACGACAGGAUUCGAUUAGACGGGCUUUUACCUCCGAUGAAACACGCGGCAGCGGCGGCGGCGGAGGGGACGGAGGCGUUGGGGCUUCUUACUGUGAAAGACGCGAAGAAGUUGCUUAGAGCUGCGCAGAUCGAGGUGGUGAAGACGAAGCUGAUGGAGACCGGGAAGAGCUGGAUCUCUUACUCUGAGUUCGUUCGUCUUUGCAAUGACUCUUGUUUGGAUCCUGCUCAAGGGCCUUGGAUCGCUAAGAUGCUUGAUGAUUCAGGAAACGUCAUCGUUUUGGGUGAUUACGUUUGCUUAAGACCUGAUCAGGUAACAAAAUCUAUCGAGGGCCUGCUUCCUUUACCACAGAUCCGUAACCCAAACGACCCAAGAAGAAAGGAGCUGAAAGAGCUAGAAGCUAUAAAGAAUGUCAUUGACGAGAAAGCACAUUCGUUGGUGAGAAGAGAGCUUUGGGCUGGUCUUGGUUACUUGAUACUCCAAACCGCAGGGUUCAUGAGGCUAACGUUCUGGGAACUCUCGUGGGACGUCAUGGAGCCAAUCUGUUUCUACGUCACAUCUGUAUAUUUCAUGGCGGGUUACGCUUUUUUCCUCAGGACAGCGAAAGAGCCGUCCUUUGAAGGGUUUUACGAGAGUAGGUUUGAGGCGAAACAGAGGAAACUGAUGAGAUCUCAAGAUUUUGAUGCUGGGAGGUAUGAUGAGCUGAAGAAGAUGUUUAAUCCAAAGCCUUCUUCAGCUGCUGUUUCCAAGAUUUUUGGAGCUUUACAUAACUAAGGGGCGUCUUGUUCGAUUUGAUGCGUCGCUGUCCUAACCUGAGAAAGAUAAAUUAACAAACAAAAAUUGCGUGAAAGAAUAGUCACUAAAGAGAAAAUGUAUUCGAAUAGGUGCGGCUUAUAUAACAUUUGGAGAGGAAUAGAAUAUUGAAUGUUGUUUUAUGUAUUAAAAACUAGGAAAAACUAUUACUAUCAUAUACUUUUUCCAACCAUAUCUUCAUGCAUAUGAACUUUCAUUUCUCAAGUGUGAAUUUCUUAAAUCUUUUAUACUGGAUAUACGAUUAUUGAUUUUACUACUGUAUAUCCACAAUCUCAAAUAAUGCUGAAGUAUUUUUUCUUUAUUUUCACUUGAUUUUGUUGCAACUCUGUUUCAGUAGGGCGC